AUGGUGACCGCUACUCUGCAAGAUGGGCAAUCAGGACUGCCGAGUCCACGAAGCACCAAGUCGUUCUGGCAUCGCGAUCCGUCGUACGUGCUUCUUGGCCGUCGGUCAACGCCGGAUCUCCCCGCGACGGCAGAUGUCAUCGUCAUUGGCAGCGGAAUGACGGGGGCUUUUGCUGCGCGGGAGCUGGUUGCUGGAGGGAGGUCGGUGCUGAUGCUGGAGGCGAGAGAGGCUUGCUGGGGGGCUACAGGAAGGAAUGGAGGCCAUUGCCAGCCCAUGAUUUAUGGUAGGAAGCCGCACAUUGCGCGCUUUGAGCUUGCGACGUAUCGCUUCCUGGAAGACAUUGUCACCAAGUUCAACGUGCCGUGCGACUGGAAGAGAGUUGGCGGUGUCCAUGCUUUGCCCACGGAUGAAUUGGUUGACCUUGUGGCCAAGAGGAUCGAGAACAUCAACAAGCACCAUCCUGAUUUGGUUGGCAAGGCAGAGCUGUUUACGAAGCCAGAGGACCUUGCGACGCUGAGAGUGCCCAAUGCCCGAGGAGCCGUUCUGCAGCCGUAUGCCGCAAAGUGCUGGCCAUAUAAGCUGAUCGCCUGGAUCCUGGAGGCCUUGUUCACGCAGCAGUCGACCGAGGUGUUUAAUCUGCAGACGACGACGCCAGUGACGCAUGUGCAGAAGGCAGAAGGACUGGAUUCGUGGGUGGUUCACACGCCGAGAGGACAGGUUGUAGCAAAGGAGGUGCUUCUGGCGACGAAUGCGUAUACAUCUCACCUGCUGACCAAGAUGACGGGACUGAUUGUUCCUGUAAGGGGUCAGGUUUCUGCGCUGGAGCCGCCGGAUGGGGAUGUGCCGCUGGAACAUAGCCAUGUUUGGCUUGCACAAGAUAGCGACAAUUAUUUGAUUCAGAGGGACGACCCGCUGGAGAUGAUUAUCGUAGGGGGCGAGAGGUUGAGUGUUCCCGAUGGAGGGGAGGGGAUAUGGAAGGACGAUGAGAUCGACGAGGAGGUGGCGGUGCGGUUGCGGCGGUCACUUCGCCCUGCGUUGAAGCUGCGGCCCGAGGGCGAGAAGGAGGAGGAAGAACUGAGGGCACGGUAUCAGUGGACGGGUAUCAUGGGGUACUCUGCAGACGGAAGUCCAUUUGUCGGAGAGGUUCCUGAGGAGCUUGGUGGAGGAGCCGGCCUGUGGGUUUGCGCUGGAUAUACCGGCCACGGGAUGCCUGUGGCGGCGAGGUGCGCUGUUGCGGUUUCGCAGAUGAUUUUGGGACGACAGGGAGAGGUUGGAUCGGUGGAAGUGCCGGGGGAGUUUGUGUUGACUGUGGAUAGGGCGGAGAGGGCCAGGGGGAGAGAGUUGGCGAGGAGUGUUAUUGAUGAGUUUAGGAUGGAAAUGAGGGAGUUGGUUGAGAGCGAGUUGUGAGAAGGGGGAGGUUGGCAUGAGGGAAUUCUGGGCUGAUGUUUGUUUGCUCUGUUGGUUCACCAUAGAAUUACGAUUUACAUGAGACAUUAUGGCG